ACUCUGGGUGCAUUCAGCCACAAACAUGAGCAACUUUGGGAAGAUCUUGAAGGAGAUUGGGGAGUUUGGCUUGUUUCAGAAACGAUUGGUGGCUGCAUUAUGCAUUCCCAGCAUAUUUGUGGCUUUUGACGUGAUCGGCCAGGUGUUUACAGGCGUAAACUUCCCACACCACUGUAACACUGACUGGAUCUUGGAGCAUGGACCUAACCUGACAGAUGAGAGAAAAAGAAAUCUCACCAUACCUGUGACUGAGGGAAAGUUUGAAGACUGUAAAAUGUUCACACCUGUGGAUUUAGAUCUCGAAAUCAUUGAGAGGUAUGGGCUCAAUGCCACAAGCAAAUGUAUAAAUGGAUCGGACUUUGAUGCACCCAAGGCUGCAUCCAGCAUCGUGACAGAGUUCAGCCUGGUGUGUGACAGCAGCAGUUUUAUUGAAGCAUCACAGUCCAUCUACAUGGCUGGCCUUCUGCUUGGAGCAUUUGUACUGGGGCAGAUGGCUGACAGGUUUGGACGACGCUUUGUGGUCAUUCUUUCACAUCUUAUCCUGCUAUUGUUUGGUGUGGGUGCUGCAUUCUCACCCAACAUUUACGCUUACAUCGUUCUCAAAUUUUUCUGUGGCAUUUCAAUAUCUGGCAUCAUUGGAAAUGCGUUUGUCAUAGGUGGAGAAUGGAGUGAUUCCUCAAGGUUUGCACUCUGCACCAUUAUUAGCCAUUCUUUUUUUCCUCUUGGACUUAUGAUAUUGUCUGGCAUUGCCUACUUUAUCCGCAAUUGGAGGAUUCUGCAGCUGGUGCUCUUCAGCCCUCUUGUCCUUGUCCUGGGCCUCUUCUACUGGAUUCUUCCAGAGUCAGCUCGCUGGCUUAUUACUCAGGGCAGGAAGGAGGAAGCCAUCAAGGAAAUUCGAAGAGCAGCUAAGGUGAACAAGAGAGAUGUACCAGAAGAGCUACUGGAGAAGCUAGAGGCUGAGGGUACAACCAAGAGGGGAACCAUGCUGGACAUCUUCAGAUUGUCAUAUCUGCGAAAGCGUGCUGUCAUAAUGAGCUGUGUUUGGUUUGCAACUAGUCUGAUGUACUAUGGACUGAGCCUUAACGUCGGACACUUUGGCAUGGAUAUUUACCUCACACAGUUCAUCUUUGGCAUCGUAGAAUUCCCUGCACGUCUGGGCAUAUUACCUUUUCUCCAAUGCUUUGGUAGAAGAAUUUGUCAAGGAGUAGUGCUUUUGUGUGGAGGAUUAGCCUGCCUUUCCAUCCUUGCAAUACCAAAAGAUCUUCCUGUCGUGGUAACAAUCAUAGCUGUGCUAGGCAAAUUUGCUGCCACUGCCAGUUUUGCAACAGUUUAUGUUUAUACUGCAGAAUUAUACCCAACCAUUGUCAGGCAGAAUGGUGUGGGUCUGAACGCCAUGUGUGCUCGUGUUGCGGGAAUCCUCGCUCCACUGAUCCGGCUCCUGGAUGUCUACCAUAACGCCAUUCCCAUGCUGAUAUACGGUACCAUCCCAAUUGUUGCCGGAGGUCUCUGUGUACUGCUGCCUGAAACUCGUAACACUGAACUUCAGGACCAUGCUGAAACAACAACAUCUUCUGAGGCUGUUGAGAAGGGGAUCAUUACUGAAAAGACUAAAUUGGAAAAGAGCACCAAAAUGUGAUUGUUGUUCUGUUUAUUUAUUAUUGUGUGUUUUGCAGCUUCCACACUCAUCACAGUUGUUUAUGCAGUUAAAUACAAAGUCAGGUUUUGUCGUUCCUAUGAAAAAAAAGCAUUUGACGGUUGGAAUUAUUAAAAAAAAUAUUUUGUGUUAUUACAAUUAAUAAUUUUGUGCAGGCUAUAUAUAUAUAUAUAUAUAUAUAUAUAUAUAUAUAUAUAUAUAUAUAUAUAUAAAAUACAUAAUAUAGAGCUAUACAUUAUUACAGAGUUUGUACUGUAACAUUUAUACAGAAUAUUUUUAAAACGUCCCUCACUUUAACUGUUAGAUAUCAAUUAUAUGCUGUAUAUUUUUUUUUUCACCUAUGGAUAAACUGUACUGUUCCUGUGUGUAUUAA